GCUCACUUCAUCGGCUUUACUUACUGUCUAUGUUCAUUAUCCCCACGCACCAUGAAGACCCAAGCCAUCCUCUUCGUUGUUGCCUCGUAUGCUGUUGUUGGAGAGGCUGCUGUUUGUUGGACGAAUGGCUUUAACAUGUUGCUGGGUGGCCAGCCCUGGGGCUCCAACUGUCAGCAACAAGCACUCCCAGUGGCACCGAUUCCACCCGUGGUUCCAGUAAACCCGUGCCCACCCCCUCCGGCACCAGUCACGGUGACGGCGACGUCGACGGUGACAACAACCUCCGUCUCUACAACCACCGAGACGUCGACGACGACAACCACCCAGACGCAAACGAGCUUUGGCAUCAACCCCACGCUGGCUGCCUCGGCCUCGAGCGUUUGUAUGGGUCUUAACCCUCCCCGCGCCACUCCGCUCUUCGAUCAGAAUGGUUCUCCCAAGUGCUGUGGUCCUGUCAUGGGUGUUUUACCAAAUGGUAGCAUUGGCCAGGUUUGCCCAUAAGCACAAAGGGAAAUGGGGAGUGUGAAGUCCGUCAUCAUAUCUAUGUUGAGUUGUAUGCUUCCCUAAAUCUUCCGGAAAGCAGGGAUAGGACUGGAACACGGGAUACUGGCGUUAUUGGAACGGUCCCUGAUAAACCCGGUGGUAGUGGAUGCUAUUGCCGCUGACGAUGUGGCUGUUAUUAUCACCAGGGUAGCCAGACGGAAAUUUAAUCUGGGUAGCAGGGACUAGUUGCGAUGCAAUGGAAGCUGCGUCGCGAA